AUGAAUAAAAAAAGGCUCAGAGCCAGGCCCCCUCCAAAAGCAUUUUACUUUCAGUUUCUAUGACUAUUUAUAUAGCGUAAGUCCAACACAGUCCAGUGGGAGUUUAUCAGGAGCUGUGUUUGCUGUUGAUUCUGCUAGAGAGCUGGAGGAUCUUUAAAUAUGGGGGGUCGAGCCUCCGUUGAAAUCUCAGAAGAGGGACCUGAGAAUCAAGAAGAUCCAGUGUCUUCUGCAAAAGCAAAUGCUGCAGAUGGUGUAAAUCAGGGGCAGGAAUCAAAGACACCACAAGCCCCAAGGUUGGGAGUGAAAGUUGGUGUAAAUCAGGAGCAGAAACAAGAGACUCAACGAGCCCCAGAACCAGGGAAGAAGGUUUAACUCUGGAGCAGGAAUCAGCAACUCAGCAAGAUUCAGAGCCAAGGGAGAGAGACUUUCCUACAGACACUGUCCAGUUUGGCCGAUGUACAUAGCAGAGGGGCAUUGCUGGCAUAUGAUGGCAUAUAUUACAUUGGUAUAUACAGUCCACUUUUUCUGAGACUCUGCCUCCAGAUAAUCAAACAAAAAACAACACUGACCCCAGCAUAACAACUGGAGUUUAUUGGAGCCAAACUAGAUGCGAUAGAGGCCAGAGCCUUCCUCCCAGUUCACAGAUUUUUCCGCAGUAAUUAGUCUAAUCUCCACUGUGAAGAUCAACCCAUAGAUCUCUGCCAGAAUUUGCCUACAGUUGCUUGGUCUUAUGGCAGUGACCAUGUUCAAGAGAAAACAUCCCAGAUUACAUAUGUGCUGCCUCCAGAAUGGCUACACACAAUGUACGUACCCCACAGACACAGCCUGAAUAAACUUCUCUCACUAUCACUCAAAGUCAAGGAGUCAUUAGACUGGUGGACACAAUCCCAGAAUGUCUGCAUCAGAGAUCUCUUCCUUCAACCACCACCAUAUUUGAUACUGAAGACCAACACUUCCCUACUCAGUUGACUGCACAACGUUGAUUUUGGCAAGGUUACUGAGAGCAGUAUGUGACCAUACAGGGAGACAAAAAGCCCUUCAGUACACCGAGUCAAAGUUAAAAAUGCAGAAAUACAGAAGCAGGAAACUAAAGCUGAGAGAUGUCCUGGAAAUCACCCCAGAAAGUGUAAAGAACUGGACUCCCCAGAGAACAGAUGAUUUACCGUGGCAUUUCCUGAGGAAGCUCAUGGCUCUGGAUGCAAUGGCCAGAAGCACAAAGCUUGAGCACAGGGCACUUGGUGAUCAAACUCUAAUUAUGGACAAAGAGGAGCUGGGUAUUCAUGAACAUUUUUUUUUCUCAGUGACACAGAAACCAGUGAUUGUCUGAACCCCCUCGAUGUUCUCUGUGCCGUGCUGCUUUGCUCAGACAGUUUCCUGCAGCAGGAGAUCCUGUCCAAAAUGUCCUUGUGCCAGUUUGCCCUCCCUCUGCUGCUACCCGCCCUCGACACCCCCAAGUGCACCCUAAUGCUGUGGGCCAUGAGGGACAUUGUGAGGAAGUGGAGGCCACACUCCCUGACACAGAGCAGGGGGUUCAGAGAGGAGAGCCUGGUUCUCACAGCAAUGCCAACCAUUUCCUUUGUGCGGCUGGGGAGCUGCAGCUUCUCCAAGUCCAAACUCCUCAAUGAGGUUCUCAGCCCCUCCCAGCAGCACCACGAUUUCUUUAUCCAUCAGGACAUGGAGUCUGGGAACGUCCCUCGGGAAAUCGCAGACGGGCUGGUCGAGAUUUCCUGGUAUUUCCCUGGAGGGAUGGAGAAUUCAGAUCUUUUCCCAGAACCCGUUGCGGUUACAAACCUGCGCGGAGACAUUGAGUCACAUUGGCUGCAGUUCAGCUUUUUAACACAGGUCUCCUCAGCAGUGUUCAUAGUUACUGAGAGCAUCAACGAGAGACAAUAUGCACUGUUAUCAUCUCUGCAGGGAUCAGCCACUAAAUACUACUUCAUCUUUAAUAAUCAGGCCGCGACAUCCAAGGAAACACACAGAUUCCUGAAAAAGUUGGCCCCAGGGCUGAAACUGAACAACUCACAUGUGCUGCAGAAAGGAAGUGCCACAAAUCAGGCGGCAUAUGUAAAAGCUCUGCAGUCUGCAAUAGCAGCUAUAAUGAAGUCUUCUCCCAAGAGAGCGAGUAUAGAAGCCAUGGCUGAGACAGCACAUCAAUUAGGCAUCCAGGUAGAUGAGGAAAAUAAGAAAUGUCAGUGUGCUAGUGAAUAUGCAAAGGAAAUCACUGUACACAUAAAAGAUGUGGCAAAGUACAAGAGGGAAAAGCUGAGACUCCAGGGGGAGACAUGGAAAAACUUGGCUGAAGUGGAAAAAGAGCUGUGCCAAAUGAGAAAUCAAGGAAACAUCCCUCUUGAGAAAUACAAGUCUCAACUGAAAGAGAAAUUAAUAGAGUUACGUGUCCAGCAGCAUGAACAUGACCUGACUGGUGAUUUGACUACAUUUAUUACUGGACUAGGCCAACUGUCUCUCCAGGAGAAACAUUACUUCCUGAAAUGGAUGAAGUUUCACCUGGAUCACAUUGCUCGGGAGAAUCUUUCUAAACUACGGGAUCAAUAUAAAGAGAAAUGCAAAAACUCAAAAGAUGACCCCAAAAUGUUUGCAGAGUUAGACAAAUUAAUCUCUGCCAGUUCCUUAGGAGUGGAGCAUUUCAUGCGUGAGUUGGGGCAGUUCUAUGAGGCUGAACACAUAAUGGUGAAGGAAGGUAAAAUGGCAGAAAGCCAAAGACAAUUCAUCCAUCUCCCAAGCAUAGCAGCUGACCUGAUGCUGGAAGGGUUUCCCAUGGAGCUGAUUGAUGGAGAUGCAUCCAACAUCCCACUGCAGUGGGUGACAGAUGUUCUGACCCAGCUCCAUGCCAAGCUGGGGGGAAGGUCCAGAAUGCUGGUUCUAACGGUGCUGGGAGUGCAGAGCACUGGGAAAUCCACCCUCCUCAACACCAUGUUCGGCCUGCAGUUUGCAGUGAGCAGUGGCCGAUGUACGCGAGGAGCCUUCAUGACACUCAUUAAAGUGGCAGAGAACUUUCAGCAGGAGCUGGGCUGUGAUUUCAUCCUGGUGAUAGACACAGAAGGCUUGAAAGCCCCUGAACUGGCCAAGCUGGAGGAUAGUUAUGAACACGACAAUGAGCUGGCCACACUGGUGGUUGGACUGAGUGACAUAACCAUCGUUAACAUGGCCAUGGAGAACGCCACCGAAAUGAAGGAUGUUCUGCAAAUUGUGGUCCAUGCAUUUCUCAGAAUGGAGGAAAUAGGGCAAAAAGCCAACUGCCAGUUUGUGCAUCAGAAUGUCAGUGAUGUGUCUGCUCAUGAACAAAACAUGAGGGACAGGAAACACCUCCUGGAGCAGCUGAAUGAAAUGACUAAAGCUGCAGCAAACAUGGAAAAGAAAGGCAGGGAGAUGACAUUUUCUGAUAUUAUGGAUUAUGAUCUGGAAAAACACAAUUGGUACAUUCCUGGUCUGUGGCAUGGAGUCCCCCCCAUGGCUCCCGUGAAUGUGGGAUACAGUGAAAAAGUUUAUGAAUUAAAGAAAUAUUUGUUUGAAUUUCUGAAAGGCUGUUUACAAAACAGAUCCCCCAAGGACAUUCCCCAAUUUCUUGAAUGGAUGAGGAGCUUGUGGAAUGCUGUAAAACAUGAGAACUUCAUUUUCAGCUUUAGAAACAGCCUCGUUGCUGAAGCCUAUAACCAGCUCUCUGUGAAUUACACAGAGUGGGAAUGGGGUUUCCGCAAGAUGAUGCACCUCUGGGUAUCUGAAAAGGAAACGUUCAUCCAACAUCAGCCUCCUGAUAUACUAGACACCAAUGUUUUAACCAAACUAAAGAAUGAGGCACAGGUAAAACUGAGACAAGUAGAAGAGAAGAUUUUGGAUCAUUUAAAACAAUAUUUUGAAAGUGGAGUAGCAAAUCUGCACCUGAUAGAAAAGUACAAAGAAGAUUUUAGGAGAAGUGCAAAUGGUCUGAAGAAUGAACUGGAGAGUUAUUCAUUCAGCAAGUUAGAAGAAGCGAUUGAAAUUAGAAAAGGUCAACAUAAAACAGAUGCUAUCCUGUCAGUGUACAAGAGAAAAAUUAAAGAGAAAGUUGACAGGCUUCUGAACCAUUGCAGAAAAAGCAAGUGCAAACUAAAUAAUGAUGAACUGGAGAGAGAAUUUGAAACCAUGUGGACAGAAACAUUGAGAGAAUUAUCACUCAUUCCUCUACUGAAACGCAACAUAGAUGAAGAAAUGGAGUUCCAUCUGAGAAGAGACCUAGAGACUAAGGGAAGUGCUGUAUGGCAGAUGUUACAGGAUGCCAAAAGCUUACCUACUUAUACAACACAAAAUUUCAAAAUGAAAAAUGAAUACUUAGACUUAAACCUGUUCAAAGGUUCCAAAAUAAGAUUGACAGGUUUGAAAGAAUACUUUACACAGGAAUGCUGGCAUAAAACAGAGGCACUUGCUAAAUCCUUAAUAGAUGAGUGCAAUAGUUACACUGAAAAAAAGGUAAAUUGCAAAGCAGAUUACAAUGAAACUUAUUGCAGAGAGUUGUUGCGGAUGAUUAACGAGCAGCUUCAGCUGGUGAAUGUUCAAAACCUUCACACCAGCGCUUGCUUUGAAGUUGACCUGAAGCUUCAUAUUUUGGGGGAUGCAGCUCGUGCAUUUCAGAAGAUGCAUGAAGAAUUCUUUAAAGAAAAUGAUCCUCUGCAGCAUCUGGGGAAACUGAAACCUCAGUAUCUCUCCAUGUUCAUAGCUCUGUACUUAGAGAAGGAUGAGUGUCAAGACAGGGCCUGAAAUUUCUGUGAUCAGUGUCUCAGACCUGCCCUGGUGGACUAUGUGAACAAGAGACUUGGGCCAGAAAUCGUGGAUGACAUUCUCGGCAAUGAACGGUCUAUUGAGUUAAUAUUUUCCAGACUGCUGCAUCCAGCCAGAUCCCAGCAUCACGGCUUCCGAUGACUGGAAGUUUGUUUUCAAGGAAUUCAAUGACCAGUUUGCUAAGGAGUUUCAUACUCUCCCUGCCAAUCUCCCUGACGACUGGUAUAAAAUAACCAAAGAGCAAGCACUGGAGAGCCUAAAGAAAGCCUUUAUACUGAAGUAAAAAACAGGCUGAGAAUCUCUGUUGUGAGCAGAAAGUUACAGAAGUUAAUUUUCUUUAAAUGUGGCAUGUGAGAAAAAUCCCAUAUCUUCUAAAUAUGUAACAUUGUUUCUCUUAUAUCAUCAGACACAGGUUACAGCCUCCAAACAGAAGAAUGCUUUUUUCACAUUUCACAGCCCAUAGCAAGGUAUGAGAAAAUUAAAGGUGAGGGAAAGACCCACAUGUGGAGUUUCUGCAUCUUUGUCUAAAGGACCAAAUGAACAAACUCCCAAAUUUGUCCUCACCACUGCAUUUUACUGGUGCAGUGGUACCAUGUAGUGCUCUGCAAGCCCCCAAAGAGCCCCCUGAAUACCGACCAUGCACUUCUGCUAUUUAAAGCCUCAAUAACCUGCACUUUUGCAGCUAAUUUGACACCAAACUGCCUGGCCCUGAUGCUCACCUUCCCUGGGGAAACACAUGGGAGGGAAAAACACUUCAGAAACACCAAUGAGGGAGGUUUGCAGCGUAAAGUAAUAGGGAAGGGAGGGAUGCAGGCAGCAAACCCAACAGCCCCUGAUGAUUCAAAGGGAAUCCCCACAAGCCCAUCCCAUCCCUGAGAAUUGUCUUUCCAUCUGCCCUGCGCUCUGCUCCACACACCCCUCUCAGCCAGGGCAGUAAGGCUGAUGGUGCUAUUGGCUACUCCCCCUGUGAUUGCCGGCCACCCUCUGCAUGGGGGGUGCUGUGGGGAUGGGUGAAGAAGGGAAGUGGUGGAUGCUGCUCUGUCCAAGAGAUAAAAAAAAGGAUAUAAAUGUCACUUUUUGGCCAGGCAUGCAGCGCACUUACACUCAGCUUGGUGCCAUGUCUCUGUUUGUCUCUCUGUCUGUAAUGGGAUAAUUUUUCAAUGCCUCAUCUGAUCAAUUCCAAAAUUUCAGGCUGUGCCCUGGGCACCAAUGGCCAGAACCCUUUUAAUUUCAGGGGAAAUCAGUAAACCAGAAUGGGGAAAAUGGGGGACACAUGAAGUCCCUGGCAGCUGUUUAGCACAGCCACAUCUUCAAGCACCUCUGCAGUUGUCUAUAGAUCAAAGAACUCGCUGAUGGCUGGAUUAAUGCCUCCAGCAUAACAACACCCCCAGCUCAGCUCUGCCCACCCUCCCAGUAGAGUGUAAGAUGUUGUCCAAUGACUGAUCUCCCAGAAAAAAAACAAUUUGGAGGAAAGAUGGAAGAGGGAAUGGGGAUGUAUAGAUGGGGGAAUAGGGGCAUGCACACAGCCCAUGGCAUGGGGGCAGAGUUUGGGACCCUGGUGUGAAGGGCUCACAUAACUCCUGGUGGCAGAUGUGAGACUGACAAACCAGCUCAGGCCAGAGCCAUGGGCCCAUUCACCUGUGUGUGAAUAUUAAAGGAGUUAAAUGUAUUAGUAUAUACUCUGGCUAAUUCACUUGUGUGUUAAUAGAGAUCAAAGGAGAUGUUAACUGUAUUGUUUUUGCCUAACUAUAUCUUGAUGUUUACCAUUACACUACAUUUAUAUUGUGCAUGCCUGGUAACUAAAUAGACCAAAGCGUUUGUUAAUCGAAGUGUGUAUUCAGAUGUUAGAACUUCAUGAAACUAAUGGAAUGUUACUUAUAUUGUUUUCAUUUAUCUAUUCUUAUUAUAAUGUAAAGGCAGGCAGUUAUAGUAUGUCUAAGGUUGUAAUUAAAUAACUCAUUGAAUGCAAAUGAAGAGUGCUAAAUUCAGAGCAAUUGACCAUUGUGUGAAUAAGAACACUGCUGAUAUGUGGAGAAGAAGCUAUAAGUGCUGAUUCAAAGGAAGAUCCUUUAUCUCUGGACUGUUUGGAUUCUAAGAGGGUGGAAUAACUAAACGAGAAGACAGAGAUCCCCAGUGUUAUUCUGGGUGGCCCUGAAGUGGCAGAUCACUACGACUCUGUUAACCUUUUGGGUUUACAAACUUUGACUCACCUGUUAAUGUAUUUUACCUGCUUUAACCUCUCAAUAACACCCAUUUCUUUUCUCCACUAAUAAACCUAC